CCGCCCCGGUUGAAUGGGGAGGACGCGAAUGGACCUCGCGCGGUAGGCGAGCGCAGCCUGGUCGCUACGUGCGGCGCCCGGGGCAGGUGGAAGGAGGGACUGCGGGGCCACUGCGCCUUCCCCCCACGCGCUGGGUUGGUGCUCGGCCGGUGGCUGCGGUAAAAGCGCCGGAGAGAAACAGGAGGUUGGGCGGGAUUCGCCCUGCCCGGCUGCAGCUCCCAGAAGUGCGGACCGUCGGAGGUCUCGAGGGUCGUUCUUGUGCUGCGACAGCGGCUGGCGGUGGAGCAGAGCAGCAGGGCACUUUGAAAUUGCCUAAACGUUACUGAGGAAAGUGUCUGCCAACAAUUGAAGGGAAGUUACUGCCUUCUAGCCGAAAUUCUUAACGAUGCCAGCUUUAUCAACUGGAUCUAGUGGAGAUGCAGGUCUGUAUGAGCUUCUGGCUUCAUUGCCAGCCCAGCUGCAGCCACAUGUGGACAACCAAGAAGACAUGACCUUCCUCUGGGAUAUGUUUGGUGAAAAAAGCCUUCAUUCUCUGGUAAAGAUUCAUGAGAAAUUGCAUCACUACGAAAAACAGAGCCCUGUGCCCAUGUUACAUGGUGCAUCAGCUUUGGCAGAUGAUCUGGCUGAAGAGCUGCAGAAUAAUCCAUUAAACAACGAGAUCAGAGAACUCUUGCAGCUGCUAUCCAAGCCCAAUCUCAAGGCUUUGCUUUCUGUGCAUGAUAUUGUUGCUGAGAAAAGCUAUGAUCCUGUAUUGCCUCCCAUGCCUGACAAUAUUGAUAAUGAAGAAGAUUCUGUGAAAAUCAUCAGGCUCGUAAAAAAUAGAGAACCUCUGGGAGCUACUAUUAAAAGGGAUGAAAACACAGGAGCUGUUAUUGUGGCUCGGAUAAUGCGUGGGGGAGCGGCAGAUCGAAGUGGUCUCAUUCAUGUAGGUGACGAGCUAAAGGAAGUCAAUGGAAUUUCAGUGGAGGAUAAAAAACCAGAAGAAAUUAUACAAAUUCUAUCUCUGUCCCAAGGAGCCAUUACAUUUAAGAUUAUACCCAGUAUCAAAGAAGAAAACUCAUCAAAAGAAGGCAAGAUCUUUAUGAAAGCUCUUUUUGACUAUAAUCCCAAUGAAGAUAAAGCAAUACCCUGCAAAGAAGCUGGACUUCCUUUCCGAAAAGGUGAUAUUCUUCAAAUCAUGACCCAAGAUGAUGCAACCUGGUGGCAAGCCAAGCUGGAAAGUGAUAUCAAUCCCAGAGCAGGCUUAGUUCCUUCAAAGCACUUCCAGGAAAGGAGACUUGCUUUAAGAAGAUCAGAUGUACAGUUUCGGCCCUUGAAGAUUUCAAAUAAGAAAUCAUCUGAGGAGACUGUUGAGUGUGCUGGUUUUAGGAGAAGUUUUCGCCUAAGCAGAAAGGAUAAAAAAACAAACAAGACAAUGUAUGAGUGCAAGAAGAGUGAUCAAUACGAUACUGCAGAUGUCCCUACCUAUGAAGAAGUAGCAAAAUAUAGGAGGCAACCAAAUGAAAAAUACAGACUUAUUGUCUUAGUUGGUCCUGUUGGUGUAGGACUGAAUGAACUAAAACGGAAAUUGUUAAUCAGUGACACUCACCAUUAUGGUGUAACAGUUCCACACACAACAAGACCUCGAAGAAGCCAAGAAAGUGAUGGUGUUGAAUACACUUUUAUUUCCAAGCACUUGUUCGAGACAGAUAUACAGAAUAACAAAUUUAUUGAAUAUGGGGAAUAUAAAAAUAAUUUCUAUGGUACCAGCAUUGACUCAGUUAGAGCUGUUCUGGCAAAAAAUAAAGUUUGUUUAUUAGAUGUACAGCCUCAUACAGUGAAGCAUCUAAGGACUUUGGAAUUCAAACCAUUUGUGAUAUUUAUAAAACCUCCAUCAAUUGAGCGUUUAAGAGAGACACGAAAAAAUGCCAAAAUAAUUUCAAGCAAGGAUGAAAAAGGUGCUGCCAAGCCUUUUCAAGAAGAAGAUUUUCAAGAAAUGAUUAAAUCUGCCCAGAUCAUGGAAAGUCAAUACGCCCAUCUUUUUGACAAAGUUGUAGUGAAUGAUGAUCUUACCACAGCAUACAAUGAAUUGAAAACAGUUUUUGACAAACUGGAGAGAGAAACAUUUUGGGUCCCAGUCAGUUGGGUGCAUUCAUAAUGCUGCACAAACGUCUUCAUGGUAGUUAGCUGGGUCUAAGAGGAUAUAUUGUUGCUGGAGUCUUUUUUCUAGUUAUGACAUGUUAGAUGAACAUUGCAGGAGACGGUUGAUCUUAUUUUUAAUUUGUUGAUAACGCAGUUUUCUAGGCAGCAGAACAAAGUAAAGCCUUAUUUUUAUUUAAUUGUUUUUUAAAUUGUUUUCUUGUGUUUUUUUUAAAAAGCAUCCUCAACUACUAUAAUACCAUCUUUCAUAAAUAUUUUGCACUCUCCAUGACAUUUCCUUUAAGCUAAGAUUUAAGAGAAGAUCUUAAGAUUCAAGAUCUCUGUUAGUACUAUAUGUGAUUUUGGUUAGCACUUGAGAAUAUAUUAUAACUGGAGCAUUUAUUUUUUAAGAAUAUAAGUGUCCAUUUAGUACUGAUCUACAAUGUAAAAUGCAAAUUGCUCCUUUAUAUUCAUCUUGACAUUGGGGUAAAUUUAAGUUACUUUGGAGGAAAAAUUAACCAUUGAACUUUCUUUUCAAUAAGAAAUAUGUCAUCUUUUACAUCCUAAGUAUUUGUAUAUUGUCUUGUUGGAUUUAAGACAAUGGGAUUUUCAUUUAAAUCAAACUUGAAAUUGUUUGAAUAAUUCUUAUAUAAGAAUAAAAUAAUGUGGUGGAGGAGCCUUUGUAAUUGAGUUGGUUAUAUACAUAUAUUUAUAUAAAUACUUUAUUAAUUUAAAUAUAUAUCUUUCUAAAACUGCCUUUGAGAAGAACUAAGCAACUCUGUUUCAGUGUGAAAAACCUGUAAAUCAUUCCCAUUUUACACAUGUCAUGGGUAAUUAAUACUUAAAUCUGUAUUCUGCCCAAUGAAGAAAGAAACUUUAAAAUUUUCUGUUGACACCAAAUGAUUUACUGGAUGAGGAGAAAUACAUGUUAUGUGUCAGUGAAUCUGUCUUACCAAGAGCAUGUGAUGAUUAUGCAUCAUAACCUUAGCAGGCAAAAAGGAGGCUCACUUAUUUUAUGCUAACAUAUAAAGGAUUAGCGUCGUAUACAAAGGAAUUUAGGAAUGUAUAGAUAUAUAUAUACAUAUUUAUGACAAAAGAUCUAAAUAGAUUUUUUAAAUAUUUCUUGAUGCAAUUUAUUAAACAAAUCCAUGAGUCUUUGUGAUUUGAACACUGACUUGACAGUUCAACAUUCCAUGUAAAUAUUUUUGUUUAGGUAGAGAAAACUCACCAGGCCUUUGCCAAAGUAGUAUAAAUAGGCGGUUGCAUUUAUAUUUUCAAAUUAUAUUACACACAGGAAGUGCCAACAAUUACAAUGUAGUCUUGGAAAUAUAAAUUAGUUUGACACAUCUGUAAUUUGGCACUGAACAUAUGCAAUGUACUCUUCAGUGUCUCAGGCUUUCUCGUACUUUGUGAAUUAAAUACGGUUUUCAAUACCAUUUCAUUUGCAUGAAAAUACUGACCAGAAUUAAAGGGUAGUCCUUAACUUAAGACCAAAAUUUGAACCAGAAGUUUGGUCCCUUAGCGAUGCAGUUUUUAAGAAAGGUGUCACGUAACUGAAUAUGGUUAUAUCGCCAUUGUUACCUCAAUUGUUAAGCAAACUAUGUGAUUAUUAAGUGAAUCAUGCAGUCAUUAGGCAAAUAUGGCUUCUCCAAUCGAUAUUGCUUAAUUGGAAGGUCCCAAAACAAUCAUAUGACCAGAAAAACUGCAGCUGUUGUAAAGGCAAGCUAGUGGCCAAGGGGCCAAAUUUGAAUCACAUAACUCUGACGGUUGUGACAGUUGCAACUUUGAAGACAAAGCAAACUGAAUGACUUUUGGUCAAUUGCUCUCUCACACACCAACUCACCUCACAGCAGGGGUGGGUUUCGACCGGUUCGCACCGGUCCCUGCGAUCCGGUUGGUCGCCGACC